AUGUCUCACUGGAGGCUCAGAUUCCCCACUGACAUUUUACACAGGGCUGGACUGGGGUCCCUGUUGCUUCUGCUGCUGCUUCUGGUGUCAGGGUCUUGCACCGAAACUGUCAAUUUCCUCACCUACGAGGAAGAAGCCCUCGGCACCUCCAUCGGUGUUCUGUCUGACCACAUCCUGUUUAAUUCCCAGCGCGAGGUGCCAGGCCAGUUCCGCCUGAUUAAGUUCAACAGCUCGCUGAUCCAGAUGCAAGAGGGCGAUGGGCAGCUGACCGUCGGAGACGCGGGCCUGGACCUCGAGCGGCUGUGCGGCCAGGCCUUCGACGUGGUCAGCUUUUGGCAGGAGCGGUUCCGGCUGGUGCACGUGGAGGUGGAGGUGAGGGACAUCAACCACCACGCGCCGCGCUUUCCCCGGGCCCAGAUCCCCGUGGAGGUGUCCGAGGGCGCGGCCGUGGGAACGCGCAUACACUUAGAGGUGCCAGUGGACGAGGACGUGGGCGCCAAUGGGCUGCAGAGCAUGCGCCUGGCCGAGCCGCACAGCCCCUUCCGCGUGGAGCUGCAGACGCGCGCGGACGGUGCCCAGUGCGCCGACCUGGUGCUGCUUCAGGAGCUGGACCGCGAGAGCCAGGCCGCCUACAACCUGGAGCUGGUGGCCCAGGACGGAGGCCGCCCGCCGCGCUCCGCCACGGCCGCCCUCAGUGUGCGCGUGCUGGACGCGAACGACCACAGCCCGGCCUUCCCGCAGGGCGCCGUGGCCGAGGUGGAGCUGGCGGAGGACGCGCCCGUGGGCUCGCCACUGCUCGACCUGGACGCGGCGGACCCCGACGAGGGCCCCAACGGCGACGUGGUGUUCGCCUUCGGCUCCCGUACCCCGCCCGAGGCGCGCCGCCUCUUCCGCCUCGACCCGCGCUCGGGCCGCCUCACCCUGGCCGGGCCCGUGGACUACGAGCGCCAGGACACUUACGAACUGGACGUGCGGGCGCAGGACCGCGGCCCCGGGCCCCGCGCCGCCACCUGCAAGGUCAUCGUGCGCAUCCGCGACGUCAGUGACAACGCGCCGGACAUCGCCAUCACCCCGCUGGCCGCCCCGGGCGCGCCUGUCGCCUCGCCCUUCGCCGCUGCCACCGCCGCUCUCAGGGUUGCGGACGCGACCUCGUCGACCGGGCCCGGGACGCCAGAGGCCGGAGCCAUCUCGCUGGUGCCAGAGGGGGCGGCACGCGAGAGCCUGGUGGCGCUGGUCAGCACCUCGGACAGGGACUCGGGAGCCAACGGGCAGGUGCGCUGCGCCCUCUAUGGGCACGAGCACUUCCGGCUGCAGCCGGCCUACGCGGGCAGCUACCUGGUGGUGACCGCGGGGUCGCUGGACCGCGAGCGCAUCGCCGAGUACAACCUGACGCUGGUGGCCGAGGACCGCGGCGCGCCCCCGCUGCGCACCGUACGGCCCUACCUGGUGCGGGUGAGCGACGAGAACGACAACGAGCCGCUCUUCACGCGGCCGGUCUAUGAGGUGUCGGUGCGUGAGAACAACCCGCCCGGGGCCUACUUGGCCACGGUGGCCGCCAGGGACCCGGACCUGGGCCGCAACGGCCAGGUCACCUACCGGCUGCUGGAGGCCGAGGUGGGCCGCGCUGGGGGCGCCGUGUCCACUUACGUCUCAUUGGACCCCGUCACUGGGGAGCUGCACGCACGACGGUGCUUUGACCGUGAGGAACUGGCUGAGCUGUGGCUGGGGCUGGAGGCGCUCGACGGCGGCUCUCCGCCGCUCCGGGGCCGGGCUGUGGUGCGGCUGCAUGUGGAGGACCAGAACAACCACGCGCCUCGGCUGGUGACCCCGCCACUCGUCAGUGACUCAGCCCAGGCCCCUCUGCCCCGGGACGCGCCCCUGGGCUACCUGCUGACCCGACUGCAGGCUAGGGACGCGGACCAAGACCUCAACGCGGAGCUGACUUACAUCCAGCUCCGCAGCGACUGCGGCCCCGGGGCGCUAGCGCUACACCCGGCCACGGGUGAGCUGUGCCUGCAGUGCCGCCUGUCCCCGCAGCCCGCCGACCCGCUGACGGCGGCCGUCGUGGUGCGGGACGGAGGCCGGCCGGCCCGGUAG